CUCGCUGAAAAUGCGUGUGCUAGUUCCGUAUUCUCUCUGCUAGUUUACUACAUACGCCGUUCACCCUCCCCAAAAAUUUCCCCUCUCGGUAACCGUGAUGUGAAUCUCUCCUCCUCGCUCUGUAUUUCAACAGUCGUCAGUCUCUCUCUCUCUCUCGGUAUCUGACGGAGAAUGAGGACCCCAGGCAGACAGGAGUGCCAAAGGAUGGUGCAGCUGUUACCAUGGCGAUCCAUCACACAGCUGUGACCUCUGCCUCUUGCCGUGCUCCCCAUGACCCAAGAUGGCCGCCGCACCCAGGAAGUACCUUGUCCGGGACUUCAAUCGCUACAUCACCUGCUACCUGUGUCGAGGCUACCUGAUCAAGCCCACCACCGUCACCGAAUGCCUGCACACCUUCUGUAAGAGCUGCAUUGUGCAGCACUUCGAGGAGAGUAAUGAAUGCCCCCAGUGUGGUAUUCAGGUGCACGAGACCAACCCACUGGAGAUGUUAAGGUUGGAUAAGACACUGGAGGAGAUCAUUUUCAAACUUGUGCCUGACCUAAGAGAAAGGGAAGAACAGAGGGAGGUUGACUUCUGGCGGAUAGCAAAAUCAAGAGGGAAUGGAGAAGGUGGUCCCUUGGCGAAGAGGGUUCGUCUGGUUGGGGAUGAGGAUGAGGAGGAUGAGGAUGGCAGAGGAGGAGACUACCACAGGAGUGACCCUCAGAUCGCCAUCUGUCUGGACUGCUUAAGGAACAACGGACAGUCAGGAGAGAGCACAGUAAAGGGCUUAAUGAAGAAAUUCAUCCGCUGUUCCACGCGGGUUACUGUAGGAACCAUUAAGAAAUUCCUCUGCCUGAAACUGAAGCUACCCAGUUCAUACGAGUUGGAUGUUCUGUGUAAUGGUGAGAUCAUGGGGAAGGACCACACCUUGGAGUUCAUCUACCGUACCCGCUGGAGAUUACAGGAAGAAAGUGCAUAUCCCAUGGUCUUGGAGUAUCGGCCACGCAUUGACUUUGGUUAAGGGAAGGCAGCCACGUCACGACGUCACAGACACGAUGGGACUGAAGCCAUGAAGAAGAGGGUGACAGGCAGUGAAGCCUGUUUAUCAUUGUUAUCACACAACACACCACAAAACACACAGCAAUCAAUAAAGUCUACUCAACGAAACUUAACGAAACUCAACUCAACGAAACUCAACUCAACGAAACUCAACCACUGUUUUUAAGCCAACAACACGUGUGAGCAAGGGAGCAGCCAUGACAGUUCCGCCAUGAGAAGCCAACAGGCAGGGGAAAACAGGUCAGUUGUUCCGGGCCUAGAAAGAGGUGGGGAUUCCAGAAUUGGGUCUUCAUUACACUGUAUGUGUUGAGAGGGCGGGGCCUUUCAGACGACUUUGUCCCAGGCCCAGUCCAAAGCUGUCAGUGGUUCUGAUGGCGCCAUGAUGGAGCAAUGUUUUUGCUGAGGACACCUCCUGAGUCACUGCGGAGGAUGGAGGAGAAUACUGUUGACUGAAUCUGUUCUGGCUGAAGUGAGUCCAACUGCUUCUGACCAACUACAGCUGCUGGAAUUACCUUCAGAAUUCUCAUUGUGUUUGGGCGCGAUACAUUGCUGUGUCACUUUGGAGGAUGGAAGACGAGCAUGGUUACUGCAUCGGUUCGAUUUCUUGACCAGCAGCCACCUCACCUGACCACCAUGACUGCUCCGUUAUAAGAAGCCAGAACGCCAGAACAGGAACAGAGAUUGUGGUCAAUGUUAUCAGUUUGCCACAAAGAAUGCCUCUCUCUCUCUUUCUCUCUCUCUCUCUCUCUCUCUCUCUCUCUCUCUCUCUCUCUCUCUCUCUCUCUCUCUCUCUCUCUCUCUCUCUCUCUCUCUCUCUCUCUCUCUCUCUCUCUCUGGUAUAAACAAACUGACUGAGAUGAGGAAAAUGGUCCUGGCAUGUCAUGUCAUUAUUUCCAUGAGUGUUAUUUUUCAAAAGUGGUGGAUGAGAAUCUUUUAGGCUUGAUUUGUAUGGCACACCCACCCACAGGCCAUGGAAACCAGUAGCUGUCACCACAGUCUUGGAAUGAUGUGUCUGAUAGGAAAUCUGAGGGACUAUCAGUUUGUGUGUUGGAUUUCCUGUCUUGCAGGAGUUUGAGUGUGCCUACACACCGAUGAGCACUAAGGAGACAAUGUGAACACACUGAAGGACCUCGAAUUCCCGUUUGCUUUCUGACUACUUUGAAAGUCGUUCCUGAGUCCCAUGCCACACUACUUCCCCCGGUGACUGGAAGGGACACAUUAUAAGAAGGCUCAUGAUUCAGAGUGCCAUGGACUAAAACUUUCAGUCAUAGUUACCGGUAGCUGGCACUGAAGAAGGUGAAGAGCUGAAGUAAAUGAUAGAAGUCCGCAACACCGUUGAUGCUCCCAGAUUGUUUUAUUUGCACGACGCACUUGAAAAAGGACGAAGGUCCGAAACGGCGUGCAAAUAAAACAAUCUGGGAGCAUUACAAGUGUUGCGGACUUCUAUCAUUUACUUCAGUUACUUUAUUUUGUCCAGCACCUGUGCCACUGAUGUGCGCACAUUCUCUACUUUAUUGAAGGUUAAGAGCUGCCCAUCAAAGCUCUGGAUCGUUCUGGAUUUAUUGCAAAAGUGGGAAAAGUUUGUGCAGCACUGUUCUCUUUUGCUACUCCACAUAUAUAUCACACUGUAUGUACACAAUACAAGGCUACAGUUUAUUUCUCAGCCAUCCUCCAUAACCUCUUGUCCCAUCUACCCCUGGUCUCUUUCUUUUUAUUCUGUCUUUUCUCUUUUGGCUUCUCUCUCUCUCUCUCUCUCUCUCUGUUGUGCUCUUGCCCUUUCUCUCAUUCUAUCUUCAUUUUUUCUUGUUCUCUCUCUCUCAUCAAGCAUUUCUGAGUCCGUUGCAUCAGUAAUGGUGUUUUUGGCAGUGGCUGCGAGGUGCCCCUGAUGGGCGUUUGUCUGACAGAGCAAGAGGGAGACGGCAGGCGAAACUGAUGGUUUCCAUUUAGUGCUGAUGGCACAGGGAGGGAGGCGGGAGGGGAAGCAGAUGCCCCCUUUUGCAGAAUUGAAGCUGAUGGCACCUGCCUUGCACAAAAAAUGACUUUCUCACAGAGUGCACACAGAGCGGAGCGAGAAGUAUUUUUCAGGAAGACAUGCUCUGGAAAUUUGGUCUGAUGCUUAUCUGCAUAUUCCAUUACAUGUUUUUUAUGGCGUUUGGUUUCCUAAAUUCCUGAAGGCAAUUUAGCCGUUAGAGUGUGAAGGAUUUUUUUUCCCUAAUCAUCCAUUGGCCACAUCCGCUUUCUUUCUAUGGUUUCCAAUGAGUUUUUUUUUUUCAUUUUGUUUGCCAAUGUGAUUGCCAAUGUCAGUCUUUAUUCAUGUGAAACUGAACCCGUGUAAGGAGGCAUUGGUACGAUUGCCUCCAUUGCUGUCUGAGUGUAUUCAUCCAUUGAGAACUCCUUUCAUCGGCACUGACUUGGAGAUGGUUCAACUGCAUCUUUUCACAGCAUAGCAUUCAGUGUUAACCGGAUUGCAGGAUUUUGAAUUGCACUAGUAUUAGAUAUGUGCUCUUUUAUGGAUCAACAGCUGUUGUGGUUUUAUAAUUCCCACACUGCUAAAGGUACAUGAUGAGAAUAUAUUAACAGUGAUCCAAAUACUGUAUAUGGUCAUAGACAUCACCAGGUCAUAUGUGAUGGGCAGACAGAAAGCUGAUAUAAAGAGAGUCUGUCUGAUGGACACCACAAUGUCCAAUUGCCGAUGAGAUGUGCCUACCAAUGAUAUAAUGAUAUUGACAUGGAGGACUUGAGGACUACAUGAUGUUAUGAAAUGUAUUUUUCUUUCCGUACUACUGUACCAUUACAUUAGUGCCACGUCAUAUUACAUCCUUCAGAACCUGUUCAAAAAUGCCAACUUUUAAGGAUACAUGCUUGACACUGGCAUUUACUCCUUUAGAUAUUUCAGUGACCAGUGUAACUCUGAGAUGGCAAGCUUCAUCAAGCCUUCCUUAAGAGAUCUAAAGUUGCCGAGUUGGUUGGGGAUUACUAGAAGUCUAGGCGCCCCCAGCGGCAGCCAAUGUAAUUCACACAACCAGCCGGUGACAUCUAGUUAUGAUCUGAAUGGCUUGCGUAUGGACGGUCCUGAGAGUUGCCCGUGCAUCACAAUGGACUACUCUUACUAUCCUAUUCACUACUCUUGUUGGUUGUAGUGAUAUCCUAUUGCACAACAGAGGGAAGUGAAAGACAGACUUUUACAGCCCCCCUGCUCAUGUAUGAUACAUUCCUAGACCCUACAUUAAUUUGUCCAAGUUGAGGGCCAUGGGUUUGAGGUCCAGACAACCUUAAAGGCAUACGGUACUUGAUACUGGGUCAGUGAACUCAAGAGAAGUCUGAUUUGCCGUUGACCCAGUUCAGUUGGGAAUGAAAACAGACAGAACAAACAAACAAGCUGUUUCCACUGGCACAGCGGCAGUGGUGUAUACUGUAGUAGAUCAGUGGUUCUCAACCUUUUUCGAACAAACUCCCCCUUGGCAUCAUCACAAGCCUCCCAACGCCCCCCUGACCUCAUCAUAAGACUGACAACGCCCCCCUGACUGUUAAAAAAUUAAAUGGACUAAUCAUAUGCCCCCCAAUGGCGACAA